AUGGAUGAGCUGCAUGAAUGAAUCUGCACAGCAUGACUCCAGCUACACGACUGGCGCUAUGGCUUGUGCCUGUUGAACACGGUUCCACCCACAGCAAUCAUGAUCGAGGAUGUGCAGAUGGACGCGAUUUUACAUUGCAAAGCAGAGGAUUUGGAGGACUACUACGGUUUGCUGGGAUGUGAUGAGUUGUCUUCGUCUGAACAGAUCCUUGCUGAAUACAAAGUGAGAGCCAUGGAGUGUCAUCCGGAUAAGAAUCCUGAUAAUCCCCAAGCAGUCCAGGAUUUUCAGAAAUUACAGGAAGCCAAAGAGGUUCUGACCAAUGAAAACGCAAGGAAUAAUUACAACCUUUGGAGACGCAGUAAAAUAACAAUACCAUUUCGUGACUGGCAAGCCCUUGGUGACUCCGUCAAAGCUUCAAUGCACUGGGCUGUAAAGACCAAGAAGGAGCCCAUGCUGAAGGACCGCGGUGACUCACCCUUACUCAGCCCUCAGGAUGCAGUCUGUCAGACCGAGGUGCCAGCUGCAGAAAUGCAAUUUCCUGAAACCGUAAAUACUCCAAGUGAGAACUACAGCCAUUUGCAUUUCCGCUGGGCCGCUGGCACUCCAUCUGGUCUUUUGAGGAAAUUCAGAAAUUAUGAAAUAUAAUCUUCUGAUGAUAAGAAUAAACCAUUUUCUGUGCUGCUUACCCUCGCAGACAAUACUCAGAGAUCACACCUUGUUAAUUUGCAUAAAUUAGAAAGCAGUUCAUUUUAAUUUAUUCUGUUUCCAUUGAGAGUUUGUGCAAAGAAACGGUAGUGGUUUAAGUGGUGUGCAAAAACAGUCCCUUCUGACAUGAGCAAAUGGGUAUUUGCCUUCAUCUUUGUAAUGUGGUGUUCAGUGUUUGAAGAUGUAACCUGUGACAACUGUUUGAAGAAGUCAUUAUAUUUAUCCUGAAAAAUAUAAAAAUGCUUAAUCGUAAUGGAUGUUCAAGUGACACAUCUGUAGCAGGCAAGUUAAUUCUGAAACUGAUGUGGGAUGCAAGUAAAUAAUAUAAGCAUUUAACUGAUGUACCAUUCCUCAGAAUUGCCUUGGUAGCAUCUGAAAUGUGUUGUAGAUGCCAGGAAGAAAUUAAAUUAUGUAGUUUAUUGUAUAUUAUGUAUUUUUAUAGUUCUGUGGCUGCUGUGGACAGGCAAUAUUUUUGCUGGGGUUAUUAAAGAUUCGAGAGGUCCAUAAAAAUUGGACACUAUUAAUUGGACAUUAUUAAUUCUUGAACAAUUAUUGAGACAAAGGUGACUUGUGAUGUUCAUAUAUUCAUGGCCUCGUUGUCUUAAAUGAGUGCCACUGUCCACAAGAAUAAUUUUAAGACACUAAGUAUACCAAUGCAUCUAAAUAUUAGAAUUUUCACACCACCAUAUCAGAUUAUGUUAUGACAAAGAAAUACAGAUAUUAUCUGAAAUCAAUAAGUAGGUUUUUUGCCUAAGAAAGUAACAGGACUGGAGGGAUGUGUUCUGGGUUGCUGGGUGUUUUAGAGUUUUUGUAUUUUGUGCAAUCAUACAUGUUUAUAAAUGCAUUCUAAAAUGGAAACAAUAAAAAUAUAAGUGGAAAGAA